GCGCCGUACGCUUCCCCAAGUGCGGCGCAUGCGUGGUUUUAUCAGCUGGCCGCCGGGGCACAAUGAGCGGGAGCGGUGCUGCGUCUCUGUCCCCCAGUAAAGCUGAAGAGUUCUCGCCGCCGGGCUCUGGCGGAGGCGGUAAGAAGCGGGACCCGCUGGGGUCUGGAGCGGCGAUUCAUCCCAUUUUGAAAGAUGUUGGAGAAAUAUAUUCUCGGCUUUUGGAUCACAGACCAGUUAUUCAAGGAGAAAUUCGUUACUUUGUUAAAGAAUUUGAGGAAAAACGUGGCUUCCGAGAAGUGCGGGUUCUCGAAAACCUAAAGAACACAGUUUUUGAAGCAAAUAAUCAGACUCUACCUAAGUGUGAUCAAGUCAUGCACGGCAGUCUAAAUGAAGCGCUCAGGAGAUUACAGGCUGGCAAUGACAUGAUCUGUAGACUCCAGCAGACAGAGCAGGAAGGAAAACAGUUGCAGACGGAGAAGCUAAUGGCAGGCGAAAAACAACGGAUAGCCCAGUGGGAGGAGUUUCUGAAGGAACAGCACACACUAAAAGCAGUUGUGGAUGAGGAGCACGCCAAAGCUAUGGAACGCCUCAAAGAACAGUAUGCCAUCAUGGAGAAAGACCUGGCCAAGCACACGCUUUAAGUGCCCUUGUUUUGCAGCAAGACUGUCCCCCUCCCCCCCUUUUGCAGUAUCAUUGCUCACCUGGUACUGAAAUCCUCUAUCACGGAAUUGCCAACACAGUAUCUCGGUUCAGACGACACAGCAGCAGUAGCAAGAACUUUAAAAAAUAAAUCAGUGUAGUUUUAAAACAAAAAACUUGUGCAUUACCAGUAUUCUACCCCAGCGACUGAGGUUGGUUUGAUUGCAUCCACUUGAAUUCUCCAUCUUCCCAGUAUAUGUGAUUUUUCAUGCAAUCAUUAUAAUGAGAUCUGUAUUGCAAGAGCCCAGGCUGGAGGGAGAUGGGCACCUGUUUGGCUCGAAAGAGAAAUAACACUUCUUUGAAGAGGCCUGAUAAAUAGGCUUGUUGUGAAAAGCAGGCUGGAAAAACCUCCAGAUGCCACCAAGUGGCGGAGGUAAAUAGUCUCAGGUUGAUACUUCACACUAUUUAUGCUCGUGGGUGGAUUACUAAGAGAGCCAGGAGGUCUUUUGAAAGAAAAAGUGUUUCUAUCACUGCUUGUUGCUCUUCAGUAAAGAACACAGUAUUUUUUAAAAAAAAAUCCAUUCUGUUUAUCAUAUGUAUUUGUACAUGCAGAAAGUGUUGAGUCCACCUGAAAUCUGUAGGAGUCAACUCAAGCCUUUUGGGGAGGGAUGACCUCUGUCUUCUGUGAACCCUUCAGAUGCAAGUGUAUUAAUUUGUGUUCUUUCAGAGAGAUUGUAUUAUGGGGCGUGGCCAGCUCCUGUCUUCACUGUAAUAACUCGUAUUAAAUAUUAACGUAAUGGAUGCAAA